AUGACUGAACCUUGGAACUACUACCAAACGUUUGUUUUCCUUGAUAUUGAGUCCACCGGAUUGCCCAGAGACCAACCUCGCAUAGCAGAGCUGUGCCUCUUCGCUGUUCACCAAUCUUCCCUGCAGCCCUCUCCGCAGGCAAGAGGACCGCAGCUCCCGCGUAUCAUAGACAAGCUGGUCCUCUGCGUCAACCCCCAGAAACCUUUCACUCCGGGCGCACAGGAUAUAACUGGCCUCAGCAACCAAAAGCUAGAACAGAACUACAAGCCGGGAAUCAACCAUUCUUUGAUGGAGACCCUGAAAGGAUUUUUAGACCGGCAAGCUGGCCCCAUUUGCCUAGUGGCUCACAACGGUCUCCACUUCGACUUUCCCCUACUGCGUAAAGAACUGCGGCAAAUAGGCACCGACCUGCCUGCAGAUACGGGAUGCCUUGACACAUUGCCGGCCUUGAAGGAUGUGCUUAAAGAGCCGAACCUGAGCUAUAACCUGGGAAAACUCUACCAGUACUUCUAUAGAGAGGCACCAUCUGGAGCCCACACAGCUGAAGGAGAUGUGCUUACUCUUCUCCUCGUGUUUCUUGCUAAGGCCCUUGAGCUGAAGGCUUGGGCAACCUAUGGGGCCCAGAAGUGGGGGUCGAUUCAACCUAUGCAUUUCCCCCAGUCAAACAGGUUCUGAUCUCUCUCUCAAAAAAAAUAUCCUAUCUGCUUGUCUUCCAUUAUACUGAACCAUGAUUUUUAAACGAUGGUUUCUUGAUUAAACCAUACUUCAUAAACUUCAGGACUUGGUUUCUUGACAAACCAAGCUCUUUUUCUUUCCUGGAUGUAGAAAACCGCAGCAACAACCAUGGAGAAGAUAUGCUGUGGCAAUUAGAAAAACACGAUUUAAGCCUCGAACAGGAAGAGAACACUAGAAAGAAAUUCAAUCUGGUUCUGCCUAAAUUUUCUUUUGUAUCAGACAGGGGAGAGACAAGAAAGAAAAAUGCGAUGAACUUUCAGGACUUUAAUACUAAUACCUAUAUCAAUAAAUUAGAGGGCCAAUAAAUCUUGUGGGUCCUGCUACCUGAUCUGGACUUGAAGAGAUCUGGACACUUGGGAUCGUGUGGCAACUGUCUGAUCCUGGGAGAAGAUGCAGCUGCUUUAAUAAGUGGCCAACACAUGCUGUGUAAGGUCCCAGUGAAAUCUUGCUCUUCAAAUCUGAAGUGCCACGUGAUCCUAGAAAUUCCUUUUCAUUUGCACAUUUAAGGAGUUCGUCUAAUUCUACUUCAGAUUUUCAUCAUUACUUUUGAGCAUAAUGUACACAGUUGUUAUAAAGCUAAAAUUUAAAGAUGCGUGCAUUAGUUUCUCAGACAACUUUUCCUUAUUUUAAAGGAAAGGGAUUCUCCUGAAGAUACGGAUUUAAAUCUACUGGAUCUGGAUUUUGCAAAUAUUUGGAAGGGAACUUCAGGAAUCCUUUUUAUGUGCUCUGAAGGAAAAUAAAUUAUUGGUGAUAAGAAGAACAAGCUUUAGAAAACGAAUCUGCCACUAGUGUUCCAUAAUUUAUUGAAGCUAUGUUAAAUUGGGGUAGAGGUUGUUAUGGAGAAUUAAAUUUGAAAUGUGGGGUGUUUUGGUAACAGACUUUCCACUAAAGAUCCUCAAAUUUUGAGGAUUUGGAUCCAGAGGAUUUGCUCUGGAUACAAAUGCCAACUCACACACACACACGCCCUUAUGUAUCCUGAAGUAAGAUUGUUCAUAUAAGUCCCUGUUCCUCAAUUACUGCAUGUCUUAUAUUAGUAAAGAAACCUUUACAAAUUUCUGGAAGACGCCAGGUUGGAGAUGAAUAACGUUGCCUUAGCUUACAAUCAUGAAUUGAAAAGUUUAUUUUUGAAUGGGAUUGUGAUUUUAAUAUGUUUGCGGGUGAGACCAAAUUUGAACCAGGCACUUUUUGUUAUAUAUUUCAGCCAUCAUUGCUUUCAGAAGGCUUUUAACCCAUGGUAUUUAGCAUUGUGAUGUAUAAAUAUUGAUGAACAUGGAAGUAGCAUUUCUAAAUAAUAUUGGCAUAAGGAAGUUAUGCCAAACCUUCCUAGCACAGUACCUAUUUAAACUCCCACAUGCUUGUGAAAAAAAAAAUCCUAAGUAAACAAAAUGUGUUGUUCUAGAAGUACUUCCUGCUGUUUAUUUGUUUAUCUCUUAAUUAUCAGUUACAUCUGAUAGACUGCUUCCUUAUUCUGUUAUUUUCCUAUUUUUUAAAUCUUCUUUUAUUUGAUAUACUGUAUGAACAGUUGUGUAAAAAAAAAAUCAGAGACUGAAAGGUACAAUCAGUGAACUGGUUAGUUUAAAAUUGUCUCCUAAUUAAAUUGGCCACAUAUUUUAUUUUACAAAUAAAAUUUACUUUCUUUUAAAAAAUUAUAAAUAAUUGGCAGAGGUUUUCUUAAAAGAAACUCCCCUCUCUCUAAUGCUGGAAGAUGCAGCUUCGUUGCUACCUUCUCCAAAUUUGUGGGAUGCACCUCCUUGAAUGCGGCCUUAAGACAUCAGUAGGAAUGAUUUUUCCAACUGAUUUUAUUAUAAACAAGUACAUGAUUUUUUUAAAAAUGAUUAAAUUAAAGCUCAUACAAUAAAUUGGUCACAAAAUCAUGCAAAGUUUCCUUCUUUUUAACUAUCAUAGAUUGAAUUGUACACCGUGUGUGUGUGGGGGGAGAUUGGCGCUUCACCUGUGAAACUUUCCUCAAAUUAUAUAGUGACACUCCAAUUUGUUCUGACUUUUUAAUAGAAUUUGAUUUAAUAGAUGAAUGAAUCUAGGUGGAUAAUAAUCUAUGGGUUUUGAAAUGAAUUUCCUAGUUAAGGGUUUAUUUGACUCUGCACCUCAAAAAUGGUAUUUUAAUGUUUUUAAUGUACUAACUGCUGGAGAUAAUAAAUAAAUGAAAGCAUAUAUUUCAAGUAAACUUGUGUAUGGAGUUUUCUUAAUACAGUAAGCAGUACUUGCCAAACAUUUUCCUUCAUUCACAAAAAUUACUUAUGAGAAAUUCCUUUUUACCCAAUGUUGAUAAACUGUUUAAGUCAACUUAAAUGUACCUGUUUACCUAAAGAAAAAAGUUUUACCUAAUUUGGGGUAAUUUAUUCAGGCUUGGGAAGCACGGCAAUACACUAUUGAUCUUUCUAACUGAAUAUAGAAGUUCUGUCUUAAUACUUUUGAAUUGGCCUGCAGUGGGGAAAACACUAAAAUACUACAGUAUGACAUAUUGUGAAAUAACUAUGGGGAAUUGCUGAAAUACUAAAGCGGAUUUUCAACAAACUUCCUGCUUGAAGAAAUUAUUCACACAGUUGUAGGAACAUAACAAAAUUGCUAAGAAAAUCAG